AUGGCUUCAACACCACUCACCCCCAUGGAUCCCAACCAUCUCAACCCUCACUUUCACGCCCUCGACAUCAUCCUCGGCUACCUCAACCGCGGCAACUCCGCCCUCGAGAUCCAACAUCUCUCCUCCGCCGCAGAAGCCUGGUGCCAGCAACAUCACCCUCUCCCACUCAACUACACCCCAGUCAAUCUCGACGAGGUCCUCUGGACUCAUCCUUUCCUAUUCGAUCUCAGUAUCCGGUCCUUUGCCCGCCUCAAUUCCUUCAACGGUUGCAGAUGUAGAAGCAACUUCACCCAAAACACCAGGUUGAGCAAGAUCAAUACUCCCCCGGCCUCCCUAUCACACAUCAGACCCCUAGUCACCGCCCAGCAAUUCUUCUCCGCCAUGAUCGAUGCUUAUACGCUGCACGUAGGAGGAAACGGUAGGUGUUUCCACGACCGCAUCGUCGCCCAGGACCUCAAGGCCUCGCCAAUCAUCUACUACAUCCCCGAAGUGAUUCAUCGCAUCGCAGCGCUGAAUGUUUGUGAGCUGCUCACCAGUGAGUUUUCGACUUUAAGUCCAAAGACUAGCUUGGGCUUCUCGUACCAUCUUGCGAAGGCGGUGGAUAUUGUCAUGAUGGAUGCUCCUCCGGUCAGCGAAUAUGACGCUCUUGCAGAGCCGAUGGACAUUGAUGACUUCAACCAAGAGGCACUUGCGCUGCAAAAUCCCUUUGCUAAUGUCAAUACUCGUGCAAAUACACGUCGAGAAAAGCGGAAAUUUGCUUCCAAGGGCAACAAGAGUUCUCGACCUGAUCACUCUCGACCUAAUCACUCUCGACCUAAUCAUUCUCGAGCUCAUCAUUCUCGACCUAAUCACAAUCAAUCCAAUCAGUUUCGAUCUAAUCAGCCUCGACCCAAUCAUUCUCGAUCUAAUCACACUCAAUCUAGUCACUCUCACAGUAAGCAAUCUUCAGGUGUCAAGAAGAAGAGGAAGAAGAAUCAUUGA